UCCAUCACCUCCACACCUGAGCAGGACAGUUCUUUUCAGUUCAAUUGCGAUGCCACACGGGGUCGCUAGUGCCUUCCAAGUGGCUCAAUCACGCAAUCAGAUGGACGGAUGGAUGUCCUAACAACUAUAUAAACAACUUUUAAAGUUAUUCUGUAAAGAGUGAUAGAGUCGAUAGUAAACUAUGACAUUCAGUAAAGAUGUGAAUGUAUUACUUUGGUAAAAAGACGCUCUGACAAUCCUAUCUGGAGAUAUAGGCUACAGUAUUUAGAAGUAUAUGUUUCGAGUUGAGUGUGAAUUCAACUCAUAAGUUGUUUGAUCAAAUGUUUAUGUUGUCCGUCUCACCACCUAUGUAUGUGUUGCUGGAGCGUCACACGCCUCCCGAUGUGUGCCAGUGCCAGUUAUUGUCACAGCUGUAGGCUUUCUUCUCUCUCUCGACGCGCAUUGGACGGGCUGACAAUGCGUAAGCUUCACUGAAACUGUAGCCUGUGGUCUACCUACAUAAACAUGGAAAGAUAAAGGGCUGAAAUCGGACUUUCGCAGAGUAUUUGAACCACCUGGUACCAAAGCCUAAUUGGAGGUGGCAGCUGAACAUUUGGCUCCGGAGGCAGAGCACUGCGCGUUCCUCGGCUGCCGGGUGUUGCUGGAGUUGCGCUCAUCAGGACUUCACAAAACGUCAAGGUUGCCUGGGUGUGGAUUUAUGCUGACCUAUAUUGCGACUUGAACUUCUCUACUUUCACGUCUUUUCCAUACACGAUGCCGGGCGGGAACUGCUCAUUCGUCCCGAAGUGCAGGACUUUACGCACUACACAGCAGCCAACUUCAGGAGCUUGGUGAUGCGAAGGAUACAGAGUUGACAAACUGAUCUGAGGAGGAGGGAUUAAAUACGCUUUUAAUUUGGCUGUUAUUUGGAUAAAUUGCUUUUGGAAUUCGUUCAUGAGCUUAGUGAAAAUGUAUCACGACAAAAAAAUCACCGAGAUCUUAAACAUUUUACCAGGCGCCUGAAUCGUUUUCGCUUCCAAAAAUGCUGGAAAGAGUGAUAAAGCUGCGCGCAAGUUCCUUCUCUUCAAUUCCUGAAUUUUCCAGACAAAACACCGACAAGCAAGUAGAUGGGACACUAGUUAAAAGGCUUGCAAAACAUUUUUCACACACACUAUGAUUUUUUUUUAGCGUUUGUAUAUAACUGGAUGGGGCUGACAUUUUACCAGAAAAGAUGCUUUUCCCGUUUGUGUGUGUGUUUUUUUUUUUUUUUUUUUGUACUAAAGAUGCAUCAAGUAGGAUUUUUUCUUUGAUUUAAGCCAUUUCGGCUUCCAUACAAUUUUUUGGGAGAUUCUUGUUUUCCUGACGGCUCAAAGAAACAUGUUGCAUAUCCUUGCGCUUCAGUCGGUGGUGUUACUUUUGGGAGUAGCCAACUGUCGAGUCUUAGAGGGAUUACCGAGAUAUUCCUCCAUCCCCACAUACCUGCCUGUCAACUACCAGGUGCUCAACGCUGACUUGUCGUUCUUCCUGAAGGAAACCAACCAGGACUUCAUGAGGAACUCUAGCCUAUUGUCGCGGACUGAGCCCUUCUUCAUCUACCAGGCCAGAAGUUUGCCCUCACUGAACGCUAGCUAUGGGCCUCUGUCUGUGGAGCAGCCUGUCCCUUUGGAGCUCCUACAGAGCCCAGGCACCUUUCCUGCUUCCUCUGUUUUUACCUUCAACUGGAAGGUGCAGACCUUUAUCAUGAAUAACAGGAUUCACCUGGCUAAGCCAAAAGUCCAGGUUCUGUUCUAUGUUGCAGGCAGAGACUGGGACGAUUACAGUGCCAUCGACAAGCUGCCCUGCGUGCACAUGUUUGCUUUCCAUGAGACCCAGGAGGUGCGUGGCACUUGCCAGCUGAAGGGGGAGCUGGGGCUGUGUGUGGCUGAGCUGGAGCCGUUGGCUAGCUGGUUCAGCCCACCCAGCGUAGUGCCAGGACGCCAGAGGAACCUCGAAGUGUCUGAGGGCACCCCAGUGGAGCUCUACUAUAUGCUACAGUCCAUGGAAGCAGGGGAGUGCCAUUCAGAGGAGGCCAGGAAGGAAAGCUUCAUCCGCUCAAGCCAGGAAGGGCUGUUUGGGUCCUAUACCUCCACACCUCUGAAGAGGAUCGGCGGUGUGAGGCUCUACCAGAACCCCACUCCUCCCCCCCUCGCUGAACACAGGCUGGAUAAUAACUUUAUGGUCAUGGUGCCAGCCACACCCAUGAGACAGAGGGAAACCGUCUCUGCUUUUAUCACAGUGUCAGCCUACUCUCCUGUGGAGAUGUUUACUCUCAGAGUGAAGUUGAAAGAGGGAGUGACGUUUCUUGGGGCUCGUCCCAGCAACCCCACUCAAUGGAUAGUCAGCCAAGAUGUUAGGAGCGAAGGCCACCGCGUGGUGACUCUCCACUGCCGCCGGAAGGAGUCCAGCUAUGAUCAGCAAAGGUCUGAGAUGGGAGUUCAGAGGGUGCUCCAGGUGGAUCUGAAAAUGGAAAGCUUCCCAGAGCCACUGGGCAGCCGCUGGAUGGCCUGGCAGGUGGAAUACCCGGAGAGUCGUGCCGCCACACAAGAGGCUGAGACGGAGAUCCGACUGGCGCAAGAGGACCUAGUGGGCAUCGUGCCCCUGGCUAUGGAUUCUGAGAUUUUGAACACCGCUGUGCUGACUGGGAAAACAGUGGCUGUCCCAGUAAAGGUGGUAACCAUUGGAAUAGAUGCCUCUGUUACAGAUGUCUCUGAAGCAGUCAAGUGUCGCUCCACAGACGAAGACGUGGUUAAGGUGUCAGACCGGUGCGACUACGUUUUUGUGAACGGCAAGGAGAUGAAGGGCAAGGUGAAGAUGACGGUGAACUUCACCUACGGAUACCUGAGUGCUCAGCUGGAGCUCAACGUGUGGAUCCCUCGACUCCCCCUGCAGAUUGAGGUGUCAGACACAGAGCUGAGCCAGAUCAAAGGGUGGAGGGUGCCCAUCAUAGCAAGCAGUCAGAGGUCCACACGGGACAGCGAGGACGAGGAUGACGAAGACAGACGUGGACGAAGCUGCACUCUGCAGUACCAGCACGCCAUGGUCAGAGUCCUGACCCAUUUUGUAGCCGAGUCACCUGAUCCUCGAGGCCAGACGAGCUUCAUGUUGGGCACUGAUUGGCAGGUGGACAUCACAGAGCUGGUGUGGGAUUUCUUGAAGGUAGAAGACCCACAGAUUGCACAGCUGCUGGACAGAAAGAUACUGGUGGGACUUGACAUGGGAAUGACCACUAUCCAGGUGUUGUCUCCUUUGUCAGACUCAAUCCUGGCAGAGAAGACUAUCACAGUGGUGGAUGACAAAGUGACCAUCACAGAGUUGGGGGUCCAGCUGGUCACGGGCCUCUCCAUGAGUCUCCAGCUCAGUCCAGGAAGCAACAGAGCCAUUCUGGCUACCACGACCACACAGGAGGUUCUGCAGAGCCCAAAACAGGAGGCUUUGAUCAGCGCCUGGCUACAGUUCAGCGACGGCUCUGUAGCUCCUCUAGACCUGUACAAUCCCGACUUUUUUGUCCUGACAGCCACCUCCCUGGACGAGGAUAUAGUGACAGUGCAGCAGGACCCCUCGUGGAAAUGGCCUGUCAUUGUGACGGAGGCGGAGGGCCAAGGCUUGCUGGUCAGAGUGGAGAUGACUGUUUGCGAGAUCUGCCAGAAGUUCAAGCGCCGCAGCAUCCUGGCAGCAGGGAACUGUAACAUCAGGGUGAAGUUUGGUUAUAGUGACAGCUCAAGGGGAGGGAGCAGCGAUUACGGUCCCGAUGGAGAGGAUGUGGAGAACAGGGGUAGGCUAUCCCCCUCCCAGGACAGGACCAACCUUGACACCCACUACUAUGGCAGCUCCAUCUCCGACAUGGAGGACGGGGUGUUGAGGAGGGCCACCACCACUAGAAGUGCAAUAAUGCGCAGACCCAAUGGGGAUAAACUUUCAGACGAUGGUAGCCAGAACAUACCAAUCGACUUUGCCGACUUUCCUGCCCAAGUGGACCUUCCCCGUGGCCGCAACAUGGACGAUGACCUCAUUCAGACUGCUCGUGGACUCACAGACCUGGAGAUCGGCAUGUACGCCCUGCUGGGGGUCUUCUGCCUCGCUAUCCUGGUGUUCCUCAUAAACUGCAUUUCCUAUACCCUCAAAUACCGCCACAAGGAGUUCUCCAUUGAGGGCCAAGAGAACAUGAACCAUGCCCACGACUGGGUGUGGCUGGGGAAUGAGGCAGAGCUGCUAGAGAGCCAAAUCAGCUUGUCACCCCAGCAGGAGGAACAAACCUCCAUGAUGGACUCGAGCAGCGGGCUCGAGGAAGGCAGCCACUUGCUGAACGGAGGCUCGGCCCAGAAGAACGUGCAAGGCCAAGUGCACCGGGCAGCGGACACAAGCUGCAUAACCAAGGAAAGCAAAGGAGACUCACCCACCACCAAGAGGAAGCGAGUCAAGUUCACCACAUUCACCACCAUCCCCUCAGACAAUAGCUACCCCACUGUGAACACACUGACUGGAAGCCACAGCCAGGACAUUAAGUGGGUGUGCCAAGACGUAGAGAUGGGAGACUCCAAGGAGUUGCGCAAUUACAUGGAAAGAUUAAAUGACAGUGCUUUAAAAGAGGUGGCAUAAUAUACUGUGUGCACUUGUAACAAACUCACCCUUAUGCCUUUCAGAGGAAAGUGGGUCUGGAUAUAAACUUGACCCUAGGUCGGUGAAA